UUUGCUAAUUUGUUAAUAAAUUUUGUCAAUGGAUUUGAAAGAGUCAGUAUCAUUUCCGAACCCUAAGAUAUAGUGAAAUCCCCGAGCUUUUCUCUUCAUCUUUCCCAAAAUUCUCUUGUGUUUACCAUUCCCAUUUGCUGGUUUCUCCAUUUUUAGAAAAUUUGGUUUUCUAUUUUUGCAUUGCCUUGCGGUUCUUUCUUCGUCCAUAACCCUUCUACUCGUCCUGUGGGUUUGCUGCAGCGAACCCAUUUGGACAAAAACAAUUAUUACAAAUCCUUUUUUUUCUUUUAACUCUCUGGUUUUUCAUGAUAGCGCCAUUGGCGCUUCAGUGAUUUUCGUUGGCUUUGUAUCAUCAUAAAAAGUAUAAUACCCCACUUACUAUCUCUUUCAUUUUCGUCUUUCAUCUUCAUUUGGCUGUCUUAGUCAACAUUUACGGUAUUCUUUUAGGGGCUGCGGGACCGAUUUUGUUGAGAGAUUGAAGGAUUAUUCACGAUAAUGGAAUUAUGACAGACAACAGCUUUCUGCACAGUUGGCUGCAUUCUUCACCCCGUUUGAUCUCUCAGUUUUAGAAUUCCUUGUACUCAAGAGUACUGUUUGAGUUAUCUUUGUUGAUCUUAGCAAUGGAUUCGAAAGGAAAUGUUAUGGGGGGUGCUGCGAUCCCAAAGGAGACACAGAACCAGGAUAGAACUCCGAACUCAAAGGUGGCUGGUAUGGGAAGCAUUAGCAGCAAAGAUAUGAUAUUCAGAGCAGACAUGAUUGAUUUGAAAACUCUAGAUAUACAGCUAGAAAAGCACUUGAGCCGUGUUUGGUCAAAAAGCAUUGAUAAUCAAAUGCCUAAGGAGCCGUGGGAGAUUGAUUUGUCUAAACUUGAUAUGAUAAAACAAAUUGCUCAAGGGACUUACGGAACAGUAUACAGGGGUAAAUAUGACAACCAAGAGGUUGCAGUUAAGAUAUUGGACUGGGGAGAGGAGGGUCUAGCCACGAUGGCUGAAACUGCUGCUUUGCGGGCAUCAUUUCGGCAAGAGGUUGCUGUUUGGCACAAGCUUGACCAUCCUAAUGUUACAAAAUUUAUCGGAGCUUCAAUGGGAGCUACAAAUCUUAAAAUUCCAAUGGAUGGUCAAAAUUCGUUUCCAUCUAGGGCCUGUUGUGUUGUUGUUGAGUACGUUCCUAGCGGGACAUUAAAAGAUCAUUUGAUUAGAUACUGGACAAAGAAACUUGCCAUUAAGGCUGUAGUUAAAUUAGCUUUGGAUCUCUCUAGAGGGCUUAGCUAUUUACACUCCAAGAAGAUUGUGCAUCGUGAUGUCAAAACUGAAAAUAUGUUGAUGGAUAUUAACGAUAAUGUCAAAAUUGCUGAUUUUGGGGUUGCCCGCGUUGAAGCUCAGAAUCCAAGAGAUAUGACUGGGGCAACUGGUACCCUAGGAUACAUGGCCCCGGAGGUUCUUCAAGGGAAGCCGUACAAUAGAAGUUGUGAUGUCUAUAGCUUUGGGAUCUGCUUGUGGGAAAUUUACUGCUGUGAUAUGCCAUAUGCCGAUCUUAGUUUCGCUGAUGUGUCAUCUGCAGUUGUGAGACAUAAUCUGCGGCCUAGUAUCCCGCGAUGCUGUCCAAGCUCUCUAGCAAAUGUGAUGAAGAAAUGCUGGGAUGCUAACCCAGAGAAACGCCCGGAAAUGCACGAGGUUGUCAGAAUGUUGGAGGCCAUUGAUACAAGCAAAGGAGGAGGGAUGAUUAAUCCCGAUGACAUUAAAUGCUUCUGUCUAGGGCCUUUCGGCAAGCUCCGAGGUCUGUGAUUCAUUUAUACACUCUCAUCCCUCGAUGAUGUAGAAAUAAAGAAGAGCCAAAGCUCUAUGCUGGUUUUUGUUUAUUUUGCUGUUAUUUGAUGUCGUCAUAGCUUUGUAACUGCUGAAAUUUGUUCCCAUAUGCUCACAACUCUGCAGUUACCUGAUGUCUUUGUUUAAGAGUUUUUCAAUGAAGCCUUCAGUUUUUGUGUCUUUUAAGAAUUUGGUGGUUGUUUGGAGUUUAUUACAUGAUGAUAUAGAGUGUAUAUGAAUAAAUACAAGUCCACUUGGACAAAAAAUGUUGAGAGUCUCCCCAUAUAAAUUUCUUUCUUUCUUUC